GUUCGCGAGCUGUGCUUGUGUCAAGUAGGUCGUGUUGAGUAGGUCGGAUGAUCGAGCGAUCGAUCGUUGUUGUUUGAGUUAAGUUACCCAUAGGCUGGUGACAAAUCUGGAUACUAGGAAGAUGUCUUCGUUGCGAUUCUAUUACGACCUGAUGUCGCAGCCCUCGCGGGCCUUGUUAAUCAUAUUUCGGUUGAGCGGCAUGCAGUACGAGGAUUGCCUUGUGGAGCUUCGCAAUGGUGAACAUUUGACAGAUGAGUUUAAGCAGAACAUCAAUCGAUUUCAGCGUGUCCCCUGCAUUAAUGAUAAUGGCUAUAAGCUGGCCGAGAGUGUGGCCAUAAUCCGUUACUUGAGUGCAAAGGGCAAGAUACCCGAGCAUCUAUAUCCCAAGUACUUUGUGGAUCAGGGUCGCGUCGAUGAGUUCCUGGAAUGGCAGCAUACCACAUUGCGUGUUACUUGCGCCCUCUACUUCCGUACCAUCUGGCUGGAUCCAUUGCUGACUGGACGCACUCCCAAGGAGUCGAAAAUUGAAACGUUGCGCAUGUAUAUGGAGCGCAAUCUCGAUAUCAUCGAGGAGGUGUGGCUGGCCAAGAGCGAGUUCCUUACCGGAUCCUCGAUCACAGUGGCCGACAUAUUUGCAGCCUGUGAAAUCGAACAGACACGUAUGGCCGAUUAUGAUGUGCGUAUCAAGUAUCCGAAAAUACGCGCCUGGCUAAAACGCGUGCGACACACCUGUAAUCCGCACUAUGAUGUGGCCCAUCGUUUCGUCUACAAAAUAUCGGGCACAGGACCACAGGCUAAGCUUUAAGAGCAUUUAUUGAACAGUUUUUGUAAUAUUGCUGUUGUAAAUAUCGUAUCAUUGUUAUCAUUAUUAUUAAGCUCUGUUGCAUUAGUUAUUUAUAGAUGGAAAACAAAUUAUUAAAUAUACUUACAAAAAACAAA